AUGGUUAGGCCAAUCAAUUCACCACUGGCCCAGUUGGCGACUGCAGAAAUAAGUGUAGCAGUGACAGCACAAAUAGCAGGAAGCAAUUCAAUUCUUUGUAGUCAGCAUGACAUUGGGUGGCCACAUCGAAACAGAAGACCAGCAAUAAGUUAUUAUCCUACAUACACUGCUCGAAACUAUCACCAAAUAUGUCAGAGCAAAAACUAUCUAAACCGUCGUGAGGAAGCAACUGGGGAGACAAGUCGCUUAGGUGACCAUGAGUUUGAAAACCACGAUAAUGAUCAAGUCUAA